AUGAAUGGAAUCCGCAAGGGUAUUACACGACGAAGAGGCGCCUGUGAGCCGUGCAAGGCGCGAAAGACUCGCUGUCACUCCCAGAGAAAGGAUAGCUCGUGCACCUAUUUACGAGGGCCAGCAUCAACAAGGUCCAUCUCCACGCCUUCGCAGCUCAGUCCUGCCUUGAGUCUAUUUGAGCGUGACGCGGAUCUGUCGUUACGGCAGUCAAUCAGUCCCCAGGAAUGGUUGGAGACAGUUGCUCCGGGGGCUCUAGACCUGCCCUGUUGGGACCUUCCCGAUAUAUCUUGCAACCCUUGCCCGGACUGGUCGGCUGAGGGCUCGAUGCCUGGAGGUCAAUCCGAAUCCGAGUCGAGCCCUGCUACUCUUCCCCCCAAUUACGGUGACCCAUCAGUGACCCGGUCGGAUCAUGAGCACGGGGGUGACAGAACCUUUUCUAUCCAUAUGCUGCAAAAGGAGUUUCAAACUCGCCAAGUAACAUUGGGCUUCGACAUUCCUUCGCUUUAUUCCUCCCUUCCUCUGGUUGAGAGUGAUCCGCCACGAACCGAAAACAUAAAACGAGCUGUAGAGCUUCUCAACUGCGACAUUGUGGGGGGUGACAAAACAUGCUAUGUAUUGCCCGACUGUCACAAACCAUCGAUGGGGCCGAUGCUCGACAGUGAACCUCGAAUCAGUAGCUACAUCCAAGCAUGUUUUGAAUCACCCGGUGCCGGUGUCAAUAUGUUCCUGAGUAUGGCAAGUGCCCAGGAGUGCGUGGACGCUGUGCUGAGGUCCGACUGCUCAAAUCGAGCCACGGUGGUGGUAGCCUAUGCUGUCCUGGCGCUGGGAUGCUACCUUGUAAGCAUACAAUCGGGUAUUAGGAGUGCCGUUGAAGGCAUAACACGGGCCACUGGAUAUUUUCGUCGAGCGUUGUCUGAACUGAAUUGUCUUUCCAUGGAUAAUGUGACUGUCAUCUUCGCCGACAAGUCCGCUCAUCACUCCAGGUCCCGUCUUGUCACCCUUGGUGUCCAGUGCGUGCAAGAUUUGGGACUUCACAGCUCUCGACGUCUGCGACAACUUUCCACCGGGACCGACGAACGAUUGCUCAAGAAUGCCUUUUGGGCUCUCUAUGCUAUUGAAAAAGCCGAUGCGGUCGGCACGGGUCGCGGUUCGAUUAUGUGCGACAAGCACACCGACCAUUCGCCCAGCGAUGCGCUUCAGCACCCAGAUGAAGCGCGGUUGACGCUUCAAUGCUUGUACGGGUGCCUCUGCGAUCGUGUGAUAGAUUCACUCUUUAGCCAGGCGGCCCUCCGAGUUACACGCGCUGACAUGUGCCGUCAAAUCGAAGAUGCAUAUUGCCUGGUUCAAGCAUGGUUGGGUAUCUUCCAGACAUAUAAUAACUCGCUCAAUACUCCCGCAGGACGCUUCUCCUGCCUUGGGGAGCAGGCGGAGGCCGAGACCCAUUUGAGCUCUUACUUCCUCAUCUUCCUAAUUCACGGAAAAUGGCUCCAUCUGGCCCAGCAGGGACUGGAUCCUGAGGAGGCAGAGGCCUAUGAGCGAAGUGAAACACGAUGUCUCGCAGCUGCUCGAUCGGUUUUAGAACAAUGCAGCCAGCAGACCCAUGCUCAGAUGCUGGCGAACAUGAAGUUUCGUUCGCUUCCCAAAAUCGCGGCAUGUAUUCUCAUUCUUACGGAGCAGUCAUGCGACCGAUCGGAUGAGCAGCAGAUAGCCGAUUCUCGAGUCCUCCCUCUUCUCACCAUCGGCUUCGCAACCUACCAGAUCGACCGCACCAACAUCGCCAGUGCUCUAACUGGAGGCUUCGCAUCGGACAUUGGCGUAGGCCAAGACAUGAUUAACUUGGGAAAUCAGCUGAUGUUCUUGGGCGUGAUUAUCCUGGAAAUACCAUCCAAUAUGGUUCUACAGAAGGUGGGGCCCCGCCGCUGGAUCAGCUCCCAAGUGUGCAUCUUCGGUGUCAUUGCCGCACUGCAGAUCUUCAUUCGGAACAAGACUGGUUUCUUGCUUACGCGAAGCAUCUUGGGUCUCUCGGAGGCGGGGUAUAUCCCGGCUGCUAUGUAUACCCUUUCGACGUGGUAUACGAGAGAAGAAUUGACCAAACGCAUCGCGGUUUUCUUUUUCGGAAUGUUUGGGGGUGCUGCAGUCUCGCCGUUACUUGGUGCUGCGUUACUCAAGUUGGAUGGGAAGGGGGGGUUGCAUGGUUGGCAAUGGAUUUUCUUACUCGAAGGAAUAUGGUCAGCGCUUAUGGCGUUCGCUUUGUUCACGCUACUGCCGGAGAGAGAAAGCAUUACUGCCGAAAAUUCCGAUGAAGAGUCUGCCGGCAAAUGUCAAUCAUGGAACGGGCCCACCUCGAAAACACUGCCCGUCAAGGUAGUAUGGCAAACGCUAACAAACUAUACCAAGUGGCCUCAUUUCCUCGCCACGGCAUGUGUCUUCGCAACGUGGAGUCCCCUCACUACGUAUACCCCGACGAUCAUCAUGUCAUUGGGGUUCUCUCGGAUCCAGGCAAACGCUCUCGCCGCGAUAGGGAGCUUGCUUACACUGCCUGUCAUUGUCUUUUUCGCUUGUCUGAGUGAUUGGUCACGCCGUCGAGGGAUGAGCGUUAUGCUCGCAGUUGCUGUAUAUCUUGUUUCGCUUAUUCUGCUGCGAGCUUUGCAGGCGCGCGUCGAUAGAUGGGGACGGUUUGGCCUCUGGACGACUGUAAAUGGGCUGGCGGUCGGGUAUCAUCCGGUUCAUAACGCGUGGAUUCAGGUUAAUUGCUCAAGUCCUGGAGAGAGGAGCGUUAUUGUCAUGUCUGCCACGGCUGGUCUCAUGGCUGGGACGCAGAUCUUCCGACAUGAUGAUGGUUUGAAUGGCUAUCCCAGGGGAAUACUAAUCAUGAUAAUCUUGGUUUUAUCUGGCUUAAUCUUGGUUGCUAUCCAAAGCGCAAUAUACCGGGGACUAAACCGUUUUAGCAAGAGUCAUAUCGCCCAGGAGACCUGA